UCCUUGUGACCGACUUGUUCGCCUACAAUGCGGCACUUCUUCGGGCUGCAGUUGUAGAUUAAGWCAGUUUAAUUGCUGUUAAGAAGAUAUCAAAAACAGAGAUUCUUCAAGGCGUUAGGGCAUCUCUUUCGCCAAUAUGUCGGGAGAAUCGGUGAAAGUCGCUGUACGUGUUCGGCCCUUCAAUUCCAGGGAGAAAGAUCGAGGUUCAAAAUGUUGUAUUGAAAUGCAAGGGGCACUGACACAAAUCAGUGACCCAGAUAACCCAGGAGCUGCGCCGAAAGAUUUUACUUUCGACUUUUCGUACUGGUCUCAUUCGGGGAUGCAAGAGGAUGAAAACGGUUACCUCCAUCCUGCAAUUGAGAAAUACGCAGAUCAAAGAAAGGUUUUUAAUGAUCUYGGAGCUGGUGUUUUGAAGAAUGCAUUCGAGGGCUUCAAUUGUUCUCUUUUUGCUUAUGGUCAAACUGGUGCUGGUAAAUCAUAUUCUAUGGUGGGAUAUGGUGUUAACAAGGGUAUUGUUCCUAUUACUUGUGAUGAGUUAUUCAAGCGUAUGGAUGCUAACACAGAUGCUGGUGUUAAAUACCAAGUAACGUUCAGUAUGUUGGAGAUUUAUAAUGAACAAGUUCGUGAUUUGUUGACUAAAGAUAAUCCCAAAGGAGGUCUUCAGGUUCGUCAAAACCCAAAAGAAAACUCCUUCUUUGUCCAAGGCCUCAAAAAAGUAGCUGUUGGUAGUUAUAAAGAAAUUGAAAAGAGAACAGAUGAAGGCACAUCAAAUAGAACUGUUGCUGCAACACAGAUGAACGCAACAAGUUCACGUGCCCACACGGUAGUUACAAUCAUGUUUGACCAAAUUUCCAAGAAUGAAUCAGGACAGGAAACAAAGAAAAGUAGUUAUAUUAACCUGGUGGAUUUAGCAGGUAGUGAAAGAGCUGACAGUACAGGUGCAACUGGAGACAGACURAAGGAAGGAGCCAACAUCAACAAGUCAUUGUCUGCUCUCGGCAAUGUCAUUUCUGCCCUUGCUGACUUGUCCAUGGGUAAAAAGAAAGUGCUGGUUCCAUAUCGAGACUCUGUACUUACAAAACUAUUACAAAAUGCCUUGGGUGGUAACAGUAAAACUAUUAUGAUUGCUGCUCUGUCUCCUGCUGAUAUCAACUAUGAUGAAACUCUUAGUACCCUUAGAUAUGCUGACCGUGCAAAAAAGAUCAAAAACAAAGCCGUUGUCAAUGAAAAUCCCAUGGAUAAGCUGAUUAGAGAAUUGAAAGAAGAGAACGAUAAACUGAAAAAAGCRCURGAUGGAGGUGCAUUACCUGUUGGUGGAGGUGGUAACAUGACACCUGAAGAGUUGGCAAAAAUGCGCAAAGAGAUGGAGGAAACAAUUCGUGCUCAACUUGAAGCAAACAUGGAAAACAUGACAAGCUGGGAUGAAAAGCUUCAAGUGCAGAGAAACGAAGACAUGAGUGCAGAUAAUGAAGCCRGCGAAAGAGCUAAAAAGCUUAAUUCAGUGCCACACAUUGUAAACCUGAAUGAGGACUCUCURCUUUCUGGUGUAGUUGUACACUUCUUGGAUAAAGAUGAGGUAACUAUUGGUAACAAGAAGGCUGAUCCUGCACCAAGCAUCCUACUAAGUGGUCUCAGCAUUCAGAAGCAGCAUGCAGUCAUAACUGUGAAGGACAGUGAAAUCACCAUCAAACCAGCUGUGUCAGGAUCCAAGACGAAAGUGAAUGGCAUGCCAUUGACAGGGGAAACACCACUUAAACAUAUGGAUAGAAUACUCUUUGGUUCUAACCACAUGUAUUAUCUGAAAAACCCUAAAAACACUGAGAAAAGYGAAGGCUCUCCUGAUAAAGUUGACUGGGACUUUGCACAGAAAGAGAUUGCAGAGGCUAAAGGUUUUGCUACAGGCUUUGGUGCUGGUCAAAGUAAAGAGCAACAACUUGCCCAGGAACAAGUCUUGGAGCUGCUGCCAUUGGUCAGUGAAGUAAAUGCAGUCAGCGAGGAGUUGGACAAGGGAAAGACGUUUGAAGUCAUCCUGAUUUCUGCAGCUGCUCAAGGUCAAACUUCAUCCUCAGGAACCAAAGUUGCAGURAAGAUGAAAAGCAUGUUGAAUGGUAAUGUUUGGCUUUGGGAUCGUGGUAAAUUUAUGAACAGACGAUUCUUGAUACAGGAGAUGUACCAAAAGUUCAUUGAUGGUGARGACAUUUCCACAAUACCAAAAGAACAGGAUCCUUUCUGGGAAGACAUUGAAGACGUCUUGAUUGGAACAGCAAACUUGUUCUUGCAGAGCUUGGCUUUUGCCUUAGACUUCGAUGACAAAUUGACUGUCACAGAUUACAAGGGAUCUGAGGAAGCCUCUCUUGUUGUCAAUGUUACACCWUGCUCACAGACAGGCAAAGCACUUGAUGAAGACAACUUUGUUGAAAAUCCAUCUGAACUUCUCGACAAACCUUACCACUUUAAGGUCACUCUUCGCACUGGUGAAGUCCAUAAAUCAAGAUUUAGCAAAGGCAUCUAUGUCAAGUACAAGACRCAAAAYGAYGAGGAGUACACCUUGACAGAGACCAAAGUCAACACUCUGUCACCAGAAUUCAACCACAGCAAGAUCUUCUCAAUUCCCAAAGUCACUCAAGAGACUCUGGAUUGGUUUGACUCAGGGUGUAUCACCUUCUUAAUGUAUGGAAGACAGGAGGAUAUGGUACCUGAUCCAAAACUGGCUAAAAUGACUACAAAGGAGCUACGUCAAAUGGAACAUAUUAAAUCAGGACCAGGAUUGGGCAAUCGCACACAGACAAUGGUCGGAGGAGAUGACGUUGCGCAACUCAAGGCUGAAGUUGUUCUUUUGAAAAGGAAGAAUGAAAGACUGUUAAAGAAAGAAAAGAGAAUUCAGGAUUUGUGUGAAGAGUGGGGAAAGAAGCCUCCAGCUGAGCAGCAGUUUGAUGCAUUCCAUCGGGCCAUGUCAGCUGCAGCAAACUAUCAAAGUGGACGACUCAARUAUCGCAUUCAUAUGCUGACAACAGUUCUCAAAGCCCAAAAAGGCAUCACAGAAAAUGGUGGACAACUGAARAUUGACCAGAAACAACCAGCAGGAAGUCGUGCAUGUAGCUUGAUGUAACAACAUAAUCAUUAACUACUAUAAACCAACCAAGUAAAAAAUCCUAUGAAUUCAUUGGCAUCAUCCAUAAAAGUCUKGCUGGGCAGGUUCCUAUGCUAUACUCAACACAUUCUUUCAUCCCGUGUACCAUCAAAUUUUCAUGCCAGGCUGUACAUUAAGAUAGAAAUUCUCCUUKUUUUGAUGACCUUUUUGAUGUAUACAAUAAAGUUCUGAUGAAUGAUCCAAAAAGUGACAUUUUCAAGUUUUCUACGGUUCAGAAUAUAGUAUUUGCUAACUGCAGCAGAACUGGAAAAGAUAAACACCACAAGUUUUAUACUCUUCCGACCAAGAAAUGAGAAUAUUUGAAGGGGAAAAUGUUUAAAAAUGGAUUUGUCUUGUAAUCGUAUUUGUUGCAAAACUUUCAUUUCAUAAACAUGGAAAUUGGUUGCUUAGCAACCAGUGGUUGCUUAGCAGCAAGUGAUUGCUAUGUAACAAGAUAACUUGAGAAAGUGGUUGCAUAGCAACAUUUACUACKGGAGAGUAUUAGCACUUUCAUUGGGGCAUUAAGUAUGUGUACAAGGGUACACCUAUUGAUACUUGUGUCACUUCAUGGCUUAGAAGGAUAUAUUUUUCUAUUUUUCAGCACUGUACAUGUAGUAUAAGAAAACAGUGAUUUUUUUAAAUUAUUUCAGCAAUUAUUUUUCAAUAACCAAGGUGAUUAGCAAAAAUCCAAUAGAAAAAUGAUCGUUAUUACAUCACUAACGACUUGGAWUAGAUUGUACCUAUAUGUGAUUAAAUUACGCAGGUGGUGAUUUCAAUAUCUAAUUUAUUCUGUAAAAAAUUAUGAUUGUAUUUUGUAGCAUUGGUAUAAACUUGUUCUUUCAUAUUAUAAUAAAACAUUUAAUAAAUGUA